AUGAAACCUCCACAACCUGAAGAUGGGGAUAAGGUGAUGAUGGACCGACGCAAUAUGGUUGCCAAUCGACCCUCAAGCAAGCUUGACUACAAGAAACUAUGUCUCUUUGAGGUUGAUGAGAAACUUGUUGUUGCGUUCUACACGCUGAAGCUUCCCUCUUAA